AUGUCUCAACUCAGUCUCUAUCCUGUGUCUAAGCCUGUGGUGCUUUUCGAACAAUUCAUUGCAACACAGCCACAGGUAUUGGUGUUGAAAGAGAGAAUUUUUUCUCUAUCAGGCGACAGCUUCGAAAUAAAGUUCGACAACGGUGCACCGUUUUUGAAAGUAACAGGUGCCUGGCCAUCGCUUUCUGGGCGUAAGAAAGUCGAAGAUAUGCAAGGCAAUCACCUGUUUGAUAUUUGCAAGGAGCACAUGCAUAUCCAUACCACCUAUUUCAUGAAGGAACCUGAUGGAAACAAAAUUUGUGAGGUGAAGAGCAGUCACAAGAUUAUUGGUUCCAAGGCCACUGCCACCUUUACAGACCCGGGUGCCAACGAAUUGGCCUUAACCAUGAAAGGAAACUGGAUGGACCAUGUUGCCAAUAUUGUCGAAGAACAGACCGGCGAUACUGUGGCUCGAAUCUCCAGGAAGCUUUUCACAGCUCGUCAUAUGUUCUUCGGAAAAGACAAUUAUAGUGUGAUAGUGGCACCUGGCGUGGACAUGGCACUCGUCGCUGGCUUAUGUAUCUGUUUCGACGAGAAAAACAAUGAUUAG